CUUAUCUGCUGUGUGACAAUAUUAGCUUUAUGUGACAAUAUUAGCUAUACUAUUGAGAUAAAAGACUUUAUUGAUGUAAAAGCAAGUCAUGUUUAUACGUAUCUGUAAGAUUAGGACAAGUGGGCUAUAUCAGAUAGCUGUAAGUCAAAAGAAUUUACUGUGUCGUGUCGUUUUUUAUCAAGUCAGUAUCUCUGCUACAGCGACCAUGAGCGCACCGAUUGUGAGAACGAGAUACGGAGCCUUGAAAGGUACCGUUGUACAAAAUGUAGAAGGCGGAGAGUACUUGGCCUUCAAUGGUAUUCCCUACGCUGAGCCACCAGUGGGCCAACUAAGGUUCAAGGAACCCCAACCUCCAAAAGCAUGGUCAGGCAUCAGGGAUGCUAGGAAAGAAGGUUCUGCAGCAAUACAAGUCAAUACGAUGAGACCGACUUCUGAAAUAAUUGGGAGUGAAGAUUGUCUCUAUUUGAAUGUUUCUACUAAUUCAUUGUCUGGCAAAAGGGCUGUUAUGGUAUGGAUACAUGGAGGAGCGUUUGCCAUGGGCACAGGAAGCAGUGACUUGUACGGUCCGGACUAUCUACUUAAACACGACAUAGUUUUCGUCUCCAUUUAUUACAGACUUCAUGUACUUGGCUUCCUAAACGUGGAUGAUGAGGAGGCCGCAGGAAAUCAAG